AUGGCUCUUAACCUCACUGGCACGUGCACAUGCAAGAACUUGCAGUACACCGUCAAGCUGGACUCUGCAGACUCGGCGCGGACCUCGUUGUGUCACUGCUCAAGCUGCAAGAAGGCAUUUGGCACGAACUUUGGUUUGACAUCCAAGGAGAAUGGCGUUAUCAGGGAGUUCUGCGAGAACUGCGGCUCAUUCACAUGUGAAUACGGGGAGCAAGCUGCGGAUAAAUUCAGAUACAUCACGUACGGAACAUUGGACGAUCCUGAGAAGCUUCCCCCAAAGGGAGAAUUUUUCUGCAAGGAGAGGUCGAGCUGGAUGCCCGAGAUCCCUGAAGAAGAAACACGAGCGAUCCUUCUAGCCCUCAACAAGCAUCACAGCCCCUUCCAAAGGACUCGAGGCCGUACCCCAUCACACUUGCCACCAGUUGUGACCCGACCAACGAGGAAUUGGCCAACACUUUCCCUUUGGAAAACGGAGCACAGCACCUCAACCUCCACCAGCACCUGGCUCAGCGGCUCUGCGCAACAACAACGCAGCGCAGCAGAACCGGUGGCACCGUCCGACAGCAUUGGGCCGGCGUCGCGGAACAGUUGGGCACCACCGCUCUUCCAUCGACGCCAUCUGGGUCUAUUGGGCCCCUUCUUCUUUUUGCCUCUUUGCCCCUUUGCCCAAAACAUUCUUUACACGCUGCUUGGCGUACCGUCAUCGAAAUUGGGCUUCUACAUGCUAGACGCUGGCAUGUAA